AUGGAGCGGUUACGGUGGCAGGUGGCGGCCGUGGCAACCUUGGGUCUCGCACUGGCGCUGGAGGCGCUGCCCUCCGUGCUGCACUGGCUGCGGGCCGGGCGCUGGCAACAGCGGCGGAGGCCGCCGCGGCGCGAGGUGCUCUUCUUCCCGUCGCAGGUGACCUGCACCGAGGCCCUGCUGCAGGCCCCGGGUGAGGGGCCGUCGGGGCCCCCAGCGGGCUGCCCGUGCAGCCUCCCCCACGGCGAGAGCUCGCUCAGCCGGCUGCUGCGCGCCCUGUUGGCCGCCCGCGCCAGCCUCGAGCUCUGCCUCUUUGCCUUCUCCAGCCCGCAGUUGGGCCGUGCGGUGCAGCUCCUGCACCAGCGCGGGGUGCGCAUCCGGGUCAUCACCGACUGCGACUACAUGGCUCUCAACGGCUCGCAGAUCGGCCUGCUCCGAAAGGCAGGCAUCCAGGUGCGGCACGACCAGGACCUCGGCUACAUGCACCACAAGUUUGCCAUCGUGGACAAGAAGGUGCUGAUCACCGGCUCCCUCAACUGGACCACGCAAGCCAUUCAGAACAACAGGGAAAACGUUUUGAUUAUGGAGGAUGAGGAGUACGUGAGGCUUUUUCUGGAAGAAUUUGAGCGUAUUUGGGAAGAGUUCAAUCCUACGAAGUACACCUAUUUCCCACAGAAGCAGCAGAGUCACUGA